CGCCGCGGCGGAUCCCGCCCGCUCCGCCGCGCACACUCGCAAUCAGUGGGCGAGCCGGGAGCCGCGGAGGUCACCGCGGGGAGGCGGGGGGCCGGGCAGCAUGGCAGCCUCCUUACGGCUCCGUGGAGCCGCCUCCGGCCUCCGGUUUUGGAGCCGCCGGCAGCGUCCGGCAGUGGCCAGCCCUGCAGUGGGUAAGGACCUCGCGCCUUCUCCCCCAGUCCCUCCUCUGGCUGCCCGCUUCUCGCUCCCUGACGGCAGAAGAGGUGUUUUCACGGGAGGCGCUGCGGUUGGAUCCGGGCUUAAAACCCCCAAUUUUGGUUGGUCCCAAGGCCUGGCCUCUUCUGCGGCUACCUCUCGCACAGCUAGUGCUUCGUCCCCACUACCCCCGCCCGGGAUCCGCAUGAAUGGCGUAGUGUCUUGCCCGGCAGAUGUAGCUGAAAAAGCUGACAGAAUUAUUACAAUGUUGCCCACCAGUAUCAAUGCAAUAGAAGCUUAUUCAGGAGCAAAUGGAAUUCUCAAAAAAGUGAAGAAGGGCUCACUCUUAAUAGACUCCAGUACUAUUGAUCCUGCAGUUUCAAAAGAAUUGGCCAAAGAAGUUGAGAAAAUGGGAGCAGUUUUCAUGGAUGCCCCUGUUUCUGGUGGUGUGGGAGCUGCUCGGUCUAGGAACCUCACAUUUAUGGUGGGAGGAGUCGAAGAUGAAUUUGCUGCUGCCCAGGAGUUGCUGGGGUGCAUGGGCUCCAAUGUGGUGUAUUGUGGAGCUGUUGGGACCGGGCAGGCUGCAAAGAUCUGCAACAACAUGCUGUUAGCCAUUAGUAUGAUUGGGACUGCUGAAGCUAUGAAUCUUGGAAUCAGGUUAGGGCUUGACCCAAAACUAUUGGCUAAAAUCCUAAACAUGAGCUCAGGACGGUGUUGGUCAAGUGACACUUACAAUCCUGUACCCGGGGUGAUGGAUGGAGUGCCGUCGGCUAAUAACUAUCAGGGUGGAUUUGGAGCAACACUCAUGGCCAAGGAUCUGGGGCUGGCCCAAGACUCCGCCACCAACACAAAGAGCCCGAUCCUUCUGGGCAGCCUAGCCCAUCAGAUCUACAGGAUGAUGUGUGCAAAGGGUUACUCAAAGAAAGACUUCUCGUCCGUCUUCCAGUUUCUCCGAGAAGAGGAGACCUUCUGAGUUUGCCCUUUGGCCGUGGACACUGUUGGAAACCGACCUCCACCUUGGAGCCUCCUGAUAGCUCACUCCACAAGUAAAUGGGCUUAAUCAAAGGUCACCUGUCUGCUUUUGACUGUCUAGAUCCCAGUAAACCUUAGGAUUUUUCACCCAUUUUUAACUGCUUAUUUUUUUAUCUAUUUAGCAAACCUGUGUUCUCUC